UUUGUACAAUACUUCGUUGCUACCUGUCCCAAACACACGGCCACGGCCCAGUCCCUUUGUGUCACCGGCGGAACCCUAACCCUAAUCCCCUGCUUUGGCUUGUUUCUUGGUCCCUAAUUUCGCCUGAAUUCGUCAGUGAUUCACGCCGUUUUGUAAUGCGUUUCUCUGUUUCUUCGAGCUUGGAGUCUCCAGUCUUCCAGUUAGAUAAUGGAGGCCUUAAAGGAGGACAUGGCGGGAACCGAGAUUACGACUUCCGCGGCAUCCUUUCAGAGAUUCAUGGAUUCGCAGAAGGAUCUUUUUCAUAGCCAGGUCGAUCAACUUCAGAGAAUUGUCGUUACUCAGUGCCAGCUCACUGGUGUCAAUCCUCUUUCUCAAGAGAUGGCCGCUGGUGCGCUUUCAAUUAAAAUUGGUAAAAGACCUAGAGAUUUGCUAAAUCCAAAAGCCAUAAAGUACAUGCAAGCAGUUUUCUCUAUCAAAGAUGCGAUCACGAAGAAGGAAUCUCGUGAAAUUAGUGCUCAAUUUGGCAUAACAGUGACAAAGGUUCGUGAGUUUUUUACCAGCCAACGUUCCCGCGUAAGGAGACUGGUCAGGCUUGUGAGGGAAAAGGGCAUUCGAGAUAUUGCAGUUAGAGAAGCUUCAAAUAACAUCCAAAUGAAUGGCGACUCUACCAGAUUUAAUUCAGUGCCAUUAAACUCAAUUAUCCAUGAUCCAGUUCCUGUAAGCUCAAUUGGCUCAGCUGCAGUUAUCUCAAGCUCUGUGGGCCUUCAUACAGUCCCCUUACAUUUCAAUGGUCCUAACCCAGUCCCUCUGACUUCCGCCCACUCCGAUACUGUCCCAUUAGCUUCUGUGGGAUCUGACCAUGUUCCAUUGAACUCUCUCGCACCGGAUUCAUCUUCGUUGAUGUUUGCUGGACCUUCCGAUCUGGAAGGAGGACCAUCUUUCUCAAAACAGGAAGAUAUAUUGCCUGGUUUAGAUGACUCCGAAAAGCAUUUUGUUGAAAAUAUUUUUGGUUUGUUGAAGAAAGAGGAGACAUUUGGUGGGCAGGUCAAACUGUUGGAAUGGGUCUUGCAAAUCCAGAAUCUCACAGUACUAAAUUGGUUCUUAAGCAAAGGUGGUGUGAUGAUUCUGGCGACGUGGCUGACUCUAGCGGCUGCUGAAGAACAAACAAGUGUUCUGCUUGUUGCCCUUAGGGUUCUCUUGCACUUGCCUUUGCAUAAUGCUUGCCCUGAACAUAUGUCAGCCGUCCUGCAUAGUGUAAAUACUUUGCGGUUUUACAGGACAUCAGACAUAUCGAACAGGGCAAGGAUUUUGUUGUCGAAGUGGACCAAAAUGUUUGCCCGAAGUCAGUCUGCAAAAAAACCUAAUGGCAUUGGGUCUUCCACUGAUGCCCAGGAUAUGAUACUGAAGAGAAGCAUUGAUGAAAUUAUGAGCAACGAAUUUUGGCAUCCUGAUAUUGGCUAUGCUGAAGGUACACUUGCUCUUCCCUCUGAUCAUUUGGAGAAUGUCAGGAAAAUGGAGUCUUCACAAACAAUGAAGCUAUUGCCUGCUUCCACCGAAGAUGCGAGCAGGAAGCACAUCUUAGGUGGAUCUCCAUCUCAUGCCAGAGAACGUAGAAAAGUUCAGCUUGUUGAGCAGCCUGGCCAGAAAGCAUCAGCUUCCAGAACGCUUCAGGGAGCAAAAGCUUUAUCAUUUAGUCAAGGCCGCCCAAUGUCUGCAGAUGAUAUCCAAAAGGCAAAACUGCGUGCCUUAUACAUGCAGAGCAAGCAUGGAAGGAAGUCUAGUUUACCCAAUGGAAGCAACAGCAUGAAUAACGAAGCAGUUAACAAAGGGCAGGGUGUUUUGUUGGGCAACUCUUCUCAAGUUUCCAAGGUUGUGGUCGAACCAAAGGAUGAAGAACUCAAGGAACCUGUCUUAACUGCGGUAAAAGUUACUGAUAAGGGUGAAGAUCACCACCAUGCUACUGAGGCAAAAAUGGAAUUAAAGGUAUCUAUACAAAAAUUGGAAUCAGAGGUACCUGUAACAGAAAAGGAACCGAAGGUACCUGUAGAAAAAAUGGAAUCAAAGGUGCCAGUUGGGCAGUUGCACUCCAGGGUCCAGAUCCCAUGGCAGUCACCACCAGAGGUGAGACUCAACCUUCUUUGGCGUGUUGGCACUGGUGAGUUCAGCAAAGAAGUAGAGGUCCAGAAAAACAGGAAUCGCAGAGAGAUGGAAAUCAUUUAUAGGGUCGCUAAGGAGAUACCAUCUAAUCCCAAGGAACCGUGGGACCUCGACAUGGACUAUGACGACUCACUGACCCCUGAAAUUCCAAUUGAACAGCAGCCUGAUGCAGCAGAUGGUACAGAGAAGACAGAGGUACCCGAUGAUAACGAACCGAAGAAAUCCGUGGCUGCAUCGUCGUCAUCGUCCUCUCCAGCUGGUCCCACCAUCGUAGCCCAAAAUGGUGAUGGUGGUGGGCCUGCAGCGGAGCCAGACCUCGAGCUGCUUGCUGUACUCCUGAAGAAUCCGCAACUGGUUUUCGCGCUUACAUCUGGGCAGGCGGGCAAUUUAUCAAAUGAUGAAACUAUGAAGUUGCUAGAUAUGAUUAAGAGCGGUGGCAGCAGCAUAGUAGGUAGUAGUAGUAGUAGUAGCGUAAAUGAGUCGGGUGGUGGAAAAGUUGAACGGGCGGAGGUGGUCGAAGUAUCUCUCCCGUCGCCGACUCCUUCGUCAAGCAAUCCUAGAACGGUGCGUCACUCAGGCCCAUGCUGCAAGUUUUGUCACAAUUUUGAUAUCUCUUUAGUCUAUUUACCGCCGGGGAGCAAUAGGCUUUUUGUUAUAUACACAGUAGAUGUGAUCAUUCAGGAAAAACGGACUUUCUUUCUUAGCUCAGUCGACAUUGCCGGGUGGAAACUGUGGGGUUCAUGGUUCAUGCAGCUCUUUUUAUUUGGGUACUUCGUCCUUUCGCUUUUUUGGGGUUUGUUCUGGUCUAGGGGUUGGCUGGUUGAAAAUGCUCUACACAUUAUGGGGGAAAAUGGUUUGCUGUAGCUGAAGCGCCUUUACUACCUUCCAUACCAAACUAGGCAGGAAAAUUGGAUAGAUAUCACCUUGGUUCUUAGGGUAUAUAUAUAUAUGUAUAAAAUGGAAACCUUACUAAUACAUGUUUUCUUCUUUUCAAUCCGAAACACGGUAAAUUUGCAGAGUGGAUGGAAGCCAGAAGUUGCCAAGAACCCAUUUUCACAGCAAAAUCAGAGAGGAAGAGCAGCUGCUUAUCUCGAUACAACCAUCGUCACCAGUUCGGUGCUUCCAGACACUCUAGCCUCCACCAGUAGCAUGAGAAGCUUACCACUAGAGCUUCCCAAUGUGCCAUUGCAACCCUCUCAUCAUCAUCAGCAGCAGCAAUACCUCCGUCAUCACCAAAGUACGCCAAAUUAUCCCGAGCUACAGACACCAGGUGGCAACGCAUCAUCCUUUGUCUCCAUGGGAGAGGGGCCACAGGUUCGAUUUCAACAGCAGCGGCAGACUUUCCUUAGCGAAUCAUCUCCCCAAGUGUUGUCGUCGUCAUACUUGUCGUCUAGGCCAGGGAAUGUGAAUGUAGGCCGCGUCCCUGCUGCCCAGGAUUCCUGGAUUGCCAGGCAGGGUGUUGGUGCAGCAGUAGGGUCCAACUCGUAUUCUAAUGUAAUUCAUCAGAGUGUAUACAGUGGAACUAGCACGUCGGUGUAUAGGAGAAACGAAGAGUAUUACAGAGGGGAAGGGUUCGAGUCGUGGAGUCCGGAGAAUAGCCCUAGUCGUAGUAGGUCUCCUGGUGAACAAAUGGUUAUGGGCAGGGGAGGAGGAGGCGGAGGGUAUGUAUUAGGAGGAGGCAGAAGGGCGGCAGCAGGGUAUCGAGACACCGGAAUCCACGAUAACCAUCGGCAAACUGCGAGACCCAGGAAUCCAUCCAGUUCUUCCUCUGUGUAUCGAGACCCUAACGACAACAGCAGGGUAGGAAAUGGAAGGUGGCGAUGAUGAUGACGACGACGACGAUGGAAUGAAUGUGAUUUCUUGUUCCAACUGGGCUGCUGCUAUUGUUGGGAUGUGCACUGUCCUGUAGACGGUGCUUACCAUUUGUUGCUGAGAUUUUUUUGUGUUGCUGACAGUAAAGAGGCCAUCUAUCUAAUUGAAUACAACAGAUUCCUUCACUCGUUCUGUGACUAUACACAAUCUCACCAGUAAUGGGAUGCUUACGUGUCAGAAAUUAAAUAAAAAAUACGUG